AUGCCUAGUUAUGCCAAGUUUCUGAAGGACAUCCUAAGCAAGAAAAAGAAGUUGACUGAGUAUGAAACUGUAGCCCUUACCGAAGGAUGUAGUGCGCUUUUGACCAAUAGCAUACCCCCUAAGCUAAAAGAUCCAGGGAGUUUUACCAUUCUUUGUUCAAUAGGAGGGAAGGAGAUAGGGAAAGCCCUAUGUGACUUGGGAGCUAGUAUCAACCUUAUGCCCUUGUCUGUUUUCAAUAACCUAGGCAUAGGAGAAGCUAGACCAACCACAGUCACACUCCAAUUGGCCAACAAGUCCAUAGCAUAUCCUAAGGGAAAAAUUGAAGAUGUUUUAGUACAAGUUGACAAGUUCAUAUUUCCGGCGAACUUUAUCAUUCUAGACUUUGAGGCAGAUAAGGACAUUCCUAUUAUAUUAGGAAGACCAUUUCUAGCCACUGGAAGAACUUUGAUAGACGUCCAAAAAGGAGAAUUGACUAUGAGACUCCAAGACCAGAAAGUAACAUUUAAUGUCUUCAACUCUCUAAAGUACCCUGAUUACUUGGAAGAGUGUUCAAGAAUAUCUGAGAUAGAGGAAAUGUGCUUUGAAGAAGGAAUUCAGAAGAACUUUAAGUUGGAAGAGGAGUUUGAUGAGGAAAUAGAAGGAGAUGUUGAAGAAAUAGAGAAAAUAGGAACUGAUAUUGUCCCAGUGGAUGCUGCAGCAUUUGAGCUGCUAGAAAAUAAUGAGCACAAAGACUUUACCCCGUCCAUAGAAUCACCACCUGAUUUGGAGUUGAAACAACUCACAUCCCAUCUAAAAUAUGCUUUUCUAGGAGAAGAAGAAAAGAAACUUCUGGAUAUGUUGAAAUUGCAUAAGAAAGCCUUCGGAUGGACCAUUGCUGACCUUAAAGGGAUUAGUCCCUCUAUUUGUCAACACAAGAUCAUCCUAGAAGAUAAAAAUUUCACUUCCAUAGAACCCCAACGAAGGCUAAACCCUGUCAUAAAAGAGGUAGUCAAAAAGGAGAUUUUAAAAUGGUUAGAUGCCGGAAUUAUUUUUCCGAUUGCCAGCAGUUCUUGGGUUAGUCUAGUCCAAUGUGUUCCAAAAAAGGGAGGGUUCACAGUCAUCACAAAUGACAAAAAUGAACUUAUCCCUACUAGAGUUGUCUCCGGUUGGAGAAUAUGCAUGGACUAUAGGAAACUAAACAAGGCUACCCAAAAAGACCAUUUUCCACUGCCUUUCAUUGACCAAAUGUUGGAUAGGCUAGCCGGAAAGGAGUUCUAUUAUUUCUUGGAUGGUUAUUCAGGGUACAAUCAAAUAGCCAUUUCUCCGGAAGACCAAGAGAAAACCACAUUUACUUGUCCCUAUGGCACUUUUGCUUUCAGAAGAAUGCCAUUCGGACUUUGUAAUGCUCCAGCCACCUUUUAA